AUGGCAAGUGAGAAGGAUGAAUAUACAAGAUACUUUCCUCGUGGUCACAUGCCGCAGGCUCACAUCUCGUACCUUGCCGAGUACAUCUUUGCCUCAUACUUGAUCAGCUUGAUGGGAUGUGCGACUGCGUUAGAGAUGCUUCGUCGGAGAACCUCACAGUCCGGAUUUUAUAAUUGGUUUCUACUGCUUGUGUCUUCAAUCACCAUGGGUGGCAUUGGCAUAUGGUGUAUGCAUUACAUUGGAAAUCGUGCCAUCGUCAUUGAGGACGGGGGUACAGAUGUACAAAUCCUUUACGACGGCGGUUUUACCGGGAUUUCGUUUUUGCUUCCCGUCAGCAUCUUGUUUGCUGCUUUCUAUUCCGCCGGAUUUGAAGAAAAGCCGGGAUAUUUUCGCAUCCUAACAGGCGGAGCUUUAACAGGGAGUUCUGUAUGUGGGAUGCAUUACGUGGGCCAGUUGGGAAUCAAAAACUACAUAUGCUCCUACAGUGUGGGGAACAUUGUUGGAUCCGCUAUUAUUGCAGUAUUCUCCUGCACAAUAGCACUGGGAAUAUUCUUCCGAUGGAGAGCCACCUGGACAGAUAAUUGGUUGAGGCGCGGUGCUUGUGCUUGUUUACUUGCCGCAGCAAUUUCAGGUAUGCACUGGACAGCUACCGUAGGUACAAGAUACCGAGAGUAUAAAGAAUUUGUCGGGCCUAAGACACAGCGUUCCCGAGGCCAGGUCACCAUCAUUUGCACUGUCUUGGCCAGCUUUUCUUGUUUAGUUCUCCUUGCCCUGACAAUUAUAGCAAAUCUCCAUCGCAGAAAAUCAACAUCUCAUGCACAGCAGCUUGUUCUUUCUUGCGCAUAUUUCGACCCAGAGGGUAACAUCAUGGUUACUCCACAUGCACAUAUACCGACACGAAAAGUUGUGAGCCACUAUAUUGGACGUACUUUUGAAGAAGACGAUCUCACCCAUACACACUCAACAUUCUUGUGGGCAUUUCGGGCCAGUCGGAACUGGACUGCUAUACAACAGUAUAUUCCUUCGAUACGCAGAUAUCUCAAAUUCGAAGAAAAGGCCGUCCAGAGAUAUUUGAACACUCGUGGGGUCUUUAUAGAUCAUGACGCUGAAGCAAAGGUCAAUUUUGAUUCUUUAUUUAAGCAAUUAUUCUGUAUGGCAGCUCAAGAGCUGUCUGAGGAACUAAAGCAACCCCUCAAUGACUUGGGAGUUCUAUAUCACAAUAUUCUCGCCACCAAUGUUUCUACUUCACGACUAUCCCGCUUAACAGGUCUUCCGCUUUGCAAAGGCAAGGGUCAGAUAUUGUUCUGUGUUCGGCAGCUCCAAAACUACGAAGCAAGUCGUUUGAGAUCACUUGGGUUUCGAUUUACCACAAUUGUACACGUCGCCUCAGCUUUAUCUCAACGCCUUCACGUUCCGGAGAUUACUUUCACGGAGUAUUUACGUGAUAUGCGUGACUAUUCUAUAUCGAAAACAGGGUAUGGCGAAGGUGUUCAUCUGAAUCUAUUGGUCAUGCGGCCCUCGGUCCGUGGUGAUUUCGAAAUUCUUACUACGAAUGGUAUUGGAAGUCCCUUGCCAUCCACUACACUACAAAUCAAGAAGCUACAGGUUCAACAUCUAGAGCUCCUCUCGCACAUGGAAGGAUGGACCAUGACCAACUGCCUCGAAUAUCUGCAGUCGACUACUGUAAUAGAAAAGAACAAGCAUCUGGAUGAUUUCUGUAAGAAUCUGGAAUACAGUAUCACAUCUCUAUUCAGGACUUUCCCAGGGGAAAUACGCAAAAGAGCACACUUUUCAUCACGUCCAAUUAUGGCACCAUGCCAUGAUCAGUCUUGUCCUCCUCGAAAUAUACAAGCUCGCCCAGGAUGUACUCUGCUCAACUUCUACGUGAUGGGAACUCUGGGAACACAAGUUCCAAGCAUCAAAUUGCUCUUCACUCCAUUCCGACUAUUCCGUCUCCAGCAACAGGUCAAUGAUAAUGUGGCGGACCGCGAUAAUUUCAGUCGUGAGCUUAGGCGGGAGUCCUUCUCCACGCGAAUGCAAUCUGGGUCUGCCGGCGCAGAAUCCGACUCCAUGCCAAAUACCAAAUCCGAGCCACUGCGUCUGUGGCCAUGGCACAAGAAUACAGCUUCUAUUAGUAAGAUGACUAGCUACUCGCAGGAGUCACUUUGUCAACCAUCAGCUACUCUGGGCCUCGGCGAUAUCACGAUCGAAAAUGAAGUUCAUGUUGAUGUUAUUCAGCUCAAUGACUUGAACAAUGAGGUGAAUAACGCCAGCGCCACCCAGGAAACGAUUGCGGAAUCUAUGAAUGCCACGAAACUCCCGCUGACAUAUGCCGAUGAGUUAUUCCGUCUAUGUUAUGCUCCAGGGAUUUGCUUGCGACCAGAUUCGAUAUUGCAUAGGGCUCGAGAGUUGAGACCCAAUUGA